CCACUAAACACUGUUGUGGGUCUUUAGAUUGGAUUGACUGUAUACGUGGGUGAGCUGCCGAUAGGAGAGAUAUCUCCCGGGAUGACUUUCUGUGUGCUUCUAGGUGUUACACGUGAAUAAAACACGGAAAACGCUACGUGACCGUCCAGUUGGCCAGGCGCGAGCCCACGAUCAAAUGUUUAUUGAUUUUAUCCACUCGGCCACUGGUGGGCACCUUGAGUUUGUGUCUCACCAACAGGCUAGUAUGUGGAGUUUUCUGGGUUUUUCUUCCGUAUUUAAACAAAACGCUCUCACACGCUGUCACGUCCCACUCUGCAGAACUAACGACCCAGAGUAAAAUACGGAAAAUAUGAUUUAUUAUAAGGUCUAAUUUAGAAGUGCUCUUAAUUUUUAUUAUAUCUACAUGUGCUUCAUAUCGUCAACAGAACUCUAUCUGCCCGAAAAAUUCUAAACAAAGUAAGUAAAACAUAAAUGUGUAAAUGUUUGUAAUAUUCUAAACUUAAUCCACUAUAUAACAAAUGUCAUCCUUCUACAUCAAAUAUAAUUGGAAACAAAAGUACGAGUACUGUAGUACAUCUGCACUCAUUGAACAGGUGCGAUAUUCAUGACGUAUCCAAGUCAAAACCUAUACAAAAUAAUACAUUUUUAUAGAAAAGAGAGUCUUAUACACAAAAUGAAUGCUGUAAGAGCAAUAUUUCUAACACUGUUUCUCUGUAACGUAGAAUGUUACAUGGAAAAUGAGUGUUGUUCGUUAGAAAAGGUCGUAGGUCCAUGUAAAGCCAGUAUGCCUGGAUAUUUUUAUAAUAAAAGCGCUGACGAAUGUCAAAAUUUUAUAUAUGGAGGAUGUCGCGGAAAUUGUAACAGAUUCGCUAAGUUAGAAGAGUGUUGCGAUGCCUGUGGUGAAAAUAACUGCAAUAAACAGUGAGAUAUCUUUCAUCUUCUGUAGAGUAGUAUGGAAUUAAACACUACAGUAUAAAAUUCAUUUACAGUAUAAAAUUCUUAAUUUGUAAGGGAAAUUUUCCUCUUUGUUAUUUUAAAUGGC